AUGUCUUCAAAGGGGCGGGUAUUUUGCCCAAAAUCUCUGUUUUUGCUAUUACCAAUCAAAAAUGGCUUCUCAGAUGAGCAAGAAGAGAAGUUUGUAGCUGAUGGAGUGUUCUUUGCGGAACUGAAUGAGGUGUUGACACAACCUGCAAAGAACUUUCAAGAGAAGAUAUCAGAAGAAGAACUGCCUAAAACAUUGGAGUUGGUUGAACCAGAUUCGGCGAGUCCUAUGAGUCAGAUUGAAGUUACUGCUGCUGCAUCUUCAAUUAAUGAAGUUAGUGAUUUGGUGGAGAGCACAGAUGAACAUAAGUCACAAGAAGAAGAUGUCAAGGAGAUUUCUACAGUCCAAGAUUUGAAUGUGCUAAGUGAUGACCAAGCUGAGAAAGGAGAGCCAACAUGUUCAGAUUCUCCCACUUCUGAUGAGGUGAGAAUUCCCAAAGAUUAUUCUGAAAGCAGCUUGCCUGCCUUGCAACAUGAAGAUGCAAAGCCUUCAGUGGAGGUACAUGAAAACGAUGUUGUUCGUAAAUCUGUUGAGGUGGAGCAGCAAAUAACUAUAGAAAAUGACGUAAAAGAGCAGCAGUGUUUGAGUUCUGGAAGCAACUCAUCUGAUGUUGAAGAGUUUGCAUUAGAAUUGGAGAAGUUAAAGAAGGAUAUGAAAAUGAUGGAAAUUGCACUGCAAGGGGCUGCUAGACAAGCUCAGGUUAUAUUAAGUUGGAUAACCAGGUUUUGA